GAAGGUGACUUCUUUUACGGCUUUGAACAAACUAAUGAGUCUACUUUUGUUGGUGGCUGGUUUUGCAUUGGUUAAUAAUAAUAGUCUUGCAACUACAGAGACACAAGAAGGAGAUUUGGUUUCCAAAACAUGCAAGCAAACACUUUAUUCCCAAGUUUGUGAAUCUUCUUUAAGAUCAGAUCCGAGAAGUAAAACAUCGGAUCUCAGAGGAUUGGCUGGGAUUGCACUCGAUCUAAGCAUAGCAAAUGGGGUUCGUACUCUAUCUUAUAUCAACCAUUUGAAGUCUGAAGCCGCUGCUAAUAAUGCGACCGAUUUAUUCAUGUCCAGUUGCUUGAGUGACUGUAUUGAGCAAUACUCUGAUGCCAUUGAGAAUUUACAUGACUCCAUACAUGCUCUAAACGACAAGUCGUACGACACGUUGAACUCUUUGGUAACGGCUGCAAUGACGGAUUCGGACACAUGCGAGGAUGGGUUUAAGGAGAGAGAAGGAUAUGAGUCUCCUUUGACUGAACCAAACCAGUAUUUCUCUAAGCUGUGUAGUAAUUUGCUAGCAAUUACCGCCCUUCUCGUUUAAUCUAAAUUAAUG